AUGCAAGUUCGGGGCCGUAAAUCCACGGACUAUUUGACUCAGGUGGCCAAAGGUCGUAUAGAAGCUCAUGUUGCGUGGGGCAUGCUACAAGAAAUAGCCAGGAAGCAUUUCCUAUCGACUCUUCAGCCCCCACGAACGUCAACAGAACCUGCGGAAUCAAUAGAUCAUACGAAACUUAUGGCUUUCCUGGAAGUUGUGGUGCGGUUGGGACCUGAUGGUCGUAGAAGCCCUCAAACACUCGAAACGGCCUCGGGACCUAUGCCUACACGCAGCAUAGAAGAUGGGAAUCUCUACGGGGGAAACCCUUUGCUGGGAGCGAUUGAAAUGCUAGGCGCAGCUUCCGUUCUUGUACAUCGCAAGAUGUUAGCGGGCAGUGUACUCGUAGCACCUCCAGGAUUCAGCAGCCUUUCAACAACUGGUUUUGGCGCACUACCCGAAACCACAGCAAAUUCUACAGGACAAGGAUUCGUUAAUACCUCUGGAUAUGACCCUAGACGUGAAGCUCCUCCAAUUUAUGGAGGAACAGGCAAUGACUAUUCGAUGGAAGACAGUGAAAUUCACGUUGAAAAAUACACGCCCGACAACAAAAUCAAGAAAAAGAACAAGAUGAAAAAGAAAUCAGAUAUCUUAUCACCAAUUUUGUCACUAGAUAACACAGUGGCCAAUAAACCCACCAGAAGCCAUGGAGCAUCCGCUUUAAGUGAUAAAACGCCAAUUAGCAGUGAAGAAAUUUCGGUUGUUGCGCAACCACAUUCUGAACCACCACUGGAAGCAAAUGUAAGUGAAACAUUCGAUGGGGUCAACAACACUGAUACUCAAAUUAAAAAUAAACCUGUCUUCCCUGUCGUGAGUAUACUGAAGAAAACUGCCAAGAAGAAAAUGGAAUCACAAAAUUUGAAACUUGACAAUACUAUACUCAAUAAGCCGAUUAAAAGCCAAAAGACAUCCCCCUCAAUAAGACAUAAAACGGUCAAUAGCGGUGAACAAAAUCCCAUUGUUGCGAAACCAGAAGUUCAAAUGAAGGAUGAUGCAAAUAUAGCUCAAACAUUAGAUGAUGUUACUGAAAUUCAAAAUACACUUAAGAUUCCUGGCGAUAAUGAAUUUUCUAAAGAUAUCGGAACAUCGGAUAAAACUAAAUCAUUAGAUAUUGGGAAAUCUGAAUACCAGGAAGGAACGAAAACUGUUGAAGAUCCUGCAAUAAAUUCUCGCUGCACUAAAAUGACAAUUUGUGCGGACAUUCCACGACGUUCAUGCAUAUCUGGCACGAAUGGAUUGUUCGUUAUGGCUGAAGUGUCACAAUCUCCCACCACGUCCAAAACUACAGGUACGUUUAUUGUUAGUGGAGAGCACACACUCAACAGACAGUCGGAGUACUGUAGUAACCGUGGGAUUAACAAUGUGUGCCCGACGACCAAAAUAUCCAAAGUAACUCAACCGAAAGAGUCCUUCUACACGUCAAAAUCCAAAACAUCCAGAAUACCUGGAGAAAGGAGAGAUACUGAAUCAUCUAAGUCCAUUAUAAUGCCCAAUUCCUUGGAAAUAGAGGGCGAUGAAACGUUAGAUACUAGCCAAAAUCGAAGAGAAAAUGCAUCAUCGAUUAUUUCUGAUGAUACGAGAGAGGAACAGGAAACAAGUGAGGCAUCGGCAAAGGAUAAACUGUCUAAAGCUAUCCAAAACCUAGAAAAAGCAGAAACUCAAUCUGGGUGUGGAUCGACGGGUCUCACUGUGAUAAUUCGAGGUAGUGGAAAUGCACGAGUGUCAGUGACAAGCGAAUGCUCUGAAAUUCCCAACAACCUUAGAGCCAAAGAUGCAUUUGGAAGAGCGAGCACUGCUGGAAUGCCAUCGCUUUCUGAAGAAUCAGCAUCAGUUAGAUCUAGAAGAAACGAUGAAUUUUGCAAAAGAAAUAGAUGCAGUAUGAUUCCGGAAUUGCCUGAAAAACCAACUGAAUGUAAAAUCCACGAGUUAAAUGAAAUGCCCAUUUCUGUUUGUUCACAGGCAGAUAGUACGCUAAAUAACAUCAAAUUACCUGAUGUAUCCAGAAUAAAUGAAAUUAAAGGAUACACCGAUGAAAAUAAUAUUCUUUCAAUGUCUGAAGCACUUGGUUUAUCCCGAGACGAUAAAAGGUGUUCGAGUAUUGGGGUGACGAGAACAAGCCAAAUGAAGAAAGGCAAUGGGAAACGGACCACAAUGGAUGCAAGAAUAUCUGAAGAACAAAUCGAAAAGUCUGCACCACUAUUCGAAACAAUGAAAACAGUAUGUGAAACUGAAAGAAUCAGAAGCCAUGGAUUGGAAUUGAAGGCGGAACGACGCGAGUCAACUGGUGAUGAAGAAACUACGAUUUCUUUCUUGUGGUUACCUGCUAAAUCUUCAGUAAACUGUGAAGAAAUUUCCACUUUCACCUUGGGCAAUAUAUCAUCGUGAUUGCAAAAAUCACAAGUUUCUACAGUGAGUUUACAAAUUCAUGAGCC